UGUCAGUCACCGCCGUUUAGCAGGUUCGGUUGAAUUGUUGGAAGUUUUUUUGUGAAACAGCUUGAGAAACUCCUUCCGUCUAAAAUGAGUGAUCAACAGAGUGACAUAAGCAGGCUGGUGGGGAGCGAUGGAGAAGGGCUUAAAGCCAACAGCUCAGGACAAGACAACCAGCAGCCGUCCCCGUUAGCGCUCUUGGCUGCUACCUGCAGUCGUAUAGAUGAAAGUGACGCGCACCAGGAGGCUGUACAGCUGGACGUGAACGCCGCACAGCUGUCUCAGAACACUAAUGGCUGGCAGCUCCUUCCCCAGAUCAUUUCCCAGAUAAACCCUGGCUUUGAUAAGGGCAUUUCCCAGAAGACGGGCGAGGCAGAGCAACAACAGCAGUUUGUUCUGUCCUCGGCAGCGUUACCGGGGCAGCAGGUCCUCACGGCGCUGUCUGGGGUUUUACCCAACAUCCAGUACCAGGUCAUUCCUCAGUUCCAGACUGUGGAUGGGCAGCAGCUCCAGCUCACCCAGACCUCCCAUGAUGCCUCAGGAACAGGACAGAUACAGCUCAUUCCAUCAACCAGUGGGAGCCAGUCUUUGAUCACCACCACAGCCAAUCAGAGCACAGGAAGUGGAAACAUCUUUACUGUUCCUGGAAUGAUUCCACUUCACAACCUCACCCUGGGAAACUCGGUUCUGACCAAUCAGGCGCCGUUCAUUAACAUGCCUUUACCGCUCAAUAACAUCACUCUGCUUCCUGUUAGCACAGGACCUACCGCGGCUAAAAGUGGCGACGUAUCUGCUGGAGCCAACCAGCAGCUUGUCCAAAGCCAACAGACAACGAUAGCAGCAGUGUCAACGUCGGAGUGUGUCAGCAGCACACACACAUCUUCAAGCACACACACUCCCAGUUCAUACACAGAUGGCGUUUUAGCUCCAAAUAGCACUGUAAGCGCCAGCACGUUCCAGAACAUCGCAGGAAUCACAGUCCAGUCUGACGGCAGGGACACACAGCAGCAGCAGCAACAGAUCCUCAUCCAACCUCAGCAGCUCCUUCAGGGAAUGUCCACUUUAUCAACCAUCCAAUCCGGAGCUAUUUCUGCAGGUCAUGUGAUCACCGCCAACCCACUUCCUCAAGAUGGCCUGCAGAACCUUCAGAUCCAGUCGCUGAAUAAUGGGCCGAUCCUGCUGAGGACGGUCGGGCCGAAUGGACAGGUUAGCUGGCAGACACUUCAGCUACAGAGUCCUGCUGGAGCUCAGAUCACUGUCGCAUCACUUCCUUCUAUGACAUCACUGACUCAGCCUGGCACCAUUAACCUAAACACCGCUGGACUGCAGAUGCAACUUCAGGAAGUUCCACUUACCCUCAACAGUGCAGGUGAUCAGGGAGCUGCGGGAGACAUGGAUGAGUCGGCAUUGGAUCAGAGUUUAGACACGACUCCUCCGAGUCGCCGCUCCCGCAGAGAAGCGUGCACAUGUCCAUACUGCAAGGAUGGAGACGGACGUACUGACCCCAGUAAGAAGAAGCAGCACAUCUGCCACAUCACUGGCUGCGGGAAGGUGUACGGGAAGACGUCUCACCUGCGAGCACACCUGCGCUGGCACUCGGGCGAGCGGCCGUUUUUCUGCACCUGGGCUCACUGUGGGAAACGAUUCACUCGCUCAGAUGAGCUGCAGAGACACCGGCGGACACACACUGGUGAAAAGAAGUUUUCAUGUCCAGAGUGUCCUAAGCGUUUUAUGCGCAGUGAUCACUUAUCCAAACACAUCCGCACUCACACCAAGAAGAAGCCGAUGGGGAGCGCAGAGGGGACACAGGACCUUAUCACCAUGGAUACACUGUCACCGGAUGGCAUGGCACGGUUAGCAAGCAGCGGCAUCAGUGUGGUCCAAGUGGGAGACGGGCAUGCCCUUAACCUCAACACUAACGGCUUCAACUGCCAUUAACCAGGUUCCGAUGGCUGUGAGACAGUUGUAUAUGGUUUUCCUUUUUAAACACACCCCUAAGCCAUUAAGUAGUCAGUUAUCUCUCAUUAAGCCAUGAUGUCACAGGAAUGUCAGAGUGAAUAAUUUAAACACUUAUUGCUUUGUUUUUGUAUAUAAAUUAUAUUUUUCUAAACUCUGUGCCUUUGUUGUGUAUGAUUUGAUGCACAAUCUUAAAAUGUUUUAUAUCAAAUUGAUUAACUAGCAUGAGAGCUUACUGCUGUGUGCAUGUUUGUGCCUGUGUGUGCAUGUGUGUUAGUGUGUGCGACCGCAGACACAAACAGAACACACGCUAAUCUUACACACACACACACACACACACUGUAUCAUGCUAAUUCUGAAUAAAUAAUCUUUCUGUAAUUAAAG